GCAGACGGUGCGUUGCUCUUGUACUGGUUGUCUAUAUGUAUGGUAUCUUUAGUAGCUUUCACCACCACCUCGGGCAGUUUCUUUGCAAUACAUGAUUAUCGGGCUUUUUCUCGCUGAAACAGAUUAGAAGGAAAGUUUUUUAACUUUUAAUUGCCCUCGUCUAAGUUGUGCGGGUGUAAAUGAGCAAUUUUUUGCCUUUUUAAAUCAUUUUUUUGAAAAUAAUCAACUCUUGGUAGAUUGACGUUUCUUGAAGUUUUCCGUAACAUUCCUGACAUAUUCGUUCACAUAUUUUGCAGGGUGUGACCUGCUUUAACCAAAUACGGCCUUGUUUCCUUGAAUAAUCGUAUCCUUCAUUCCUCCAAUUGGAUAUAUUCAACCAAAAAAAAAAAAAAUCAAUAUGACAACGCUGGGUCUACCCACGCAGAGCCCGGUAGUUCCGGGUGAUGAAGACAGCAACGAUUUUAUGUGGAUGUUUCUGAUGUGGAUAACUAGCAUCGCAAUUGCUUUGAUGCUUGUUUCACUCAUGGGUUCGCUUAUUUACUACCUAGGUCGAAGACGUAUCUUUCUUCGGCACGCUAUACCUGGUCAGCUGGACGAAGAGCUAAAUGUCGGUACCGAUGGUUCUGGCUUGGAAAUGUUGAGUGACGCUGACAAGGAACUUUAUUAUCGUACAAAAGAUUUUGAAAUGAAUAAUGCGUAUGACUACACCAGCGCUGAUGUGAGCCUUGCGCAGUAUUUCCAGGUGAAGGAAAAAGGCCUAAAUGCUUGGCAUUUCAACCCAAAUCCGGACUAUGGAUGUAUUGUUACGAACAAAACUGAACUGGACUUCACAGGUACUGAAGAAAGCUGCGUUACAACGAACCUGCCAAUUCCUAAAGCAAACCAAACCUAUUACUUCGAAGCAAAAAUUAUUGAACUGCCGAGAAACACGCUGAUUUCAAUUGGUGCUGCAACUAAGCCUUAUCCCCCUUUUAGAAUGCCUGGUUGGAGCAGUUGGUCUGCAGGGUAUGUAUCCAACGGAACUUUUCGUCUCAAUCAACCGCUCUUUGGCAGCGAUUCGGUUCCUAAGUAUGAACAAGGUGACAUUAUAGGUGUGGGCUACAAGCCGCAAAAUGCUAAGCUUUUCUUCACUCGAAACGGACAGCGUUGCUACGAAGUCACUUGCACAACUCGAAACCUGUAUCCGGUAAUCGGGUCAAAGGGAGCGUGUGAAGUUCAUGUAAACUUGGGACAAUACGGUUAUGUUUACCUUGAAGGAAAUGUUAAGAAAUGGCAGUUUGCCCCUCAAGUUGCAAGCCUUCCAGCACCUCCUUCUUAUGAUGCUGAUCAACCUUCUGUACAAAUUGGUUUUACCGACAGUUCGUCUCAACGCACUUUGCGUCCACACCAUCAUAGCCAACGUUCUCAGUCUAUUGACAGAUUACAGAAUAGCUAUAGCACAGACAUGAUGUCUUCGACAACAUCUUACUGGACGGCAUCCGUACCACUUAGUUCGUUCCAUGACGAAUCUAGUACCGUCCAUUAGUCGCCAACAAACCAGAGCUCUUUCACAUGCGGCUGUGUUUUCCUUCUUUCCCCAUCUUAAUCGUUAUGAUUUUUUCAACUUGAACGAAUUGGUCAGCAGUUAACGCUGUUCGCCUUUCAGUUCUCAUAUGUCUUUAUGCCUGUUAAUAAUAAACAUAAUUACUAAUGAAAAAUUCAGUCAUGUCGCUGUAUCAUUAUUAUCUUAUAUUACAUUAAAAUUAAGUUAAAUUCAUUAAGUACGUCCAGCGUAUAAAUAUAAAUUUGCAAAAGAAAUGAAAUAACUCUCGUAAAAUAAACUGCACGCAUCCUUAAA